CGAAACCUCGAUCCGCAUCACCAUCCAGAAAAACAGAUCGCUUUUAUGAAACAUAAUUUGCAUUCAUGAGGGAUAAGUGGUGAAAAUGAAGCUUCUCUUUAAUUUGUUGGCAGUGAUCUUGUAUUUUCUUCACAAUGUUGUGUCAGGUGUUGAGGCAGAUGAAGUGUCAGUGAUGGAGGAAGAUUCAGUCACUCUACACACUAAUGUUACAACAACACAAUACGAGAUUACGUGGUAUUACAAUAAAACUCAAAUUGUUGAAAUCACUAGAGAUCAGAAUAAAAUCUGUAGAUUUGGGAGAUUCAGAGACAGACUGGAGCUGGAUCAUCAGACUGGAUCUCUGACCAUCAUGAACACCAGAACCACAGACUCUGGACUUUAUGACCUACAGAUCAGAAGCAGCGACAAAGAAAAAAUUUUCAAUGUUACUGUCAGUGGUGUCUCUGCUGCUGAACGAGAUAAAUUGAAUAAAAAGUCAGUGAACGAGGGAGACUCCGUUACUUUAGAUCCUGGUGAAAUAAAAAAGCCAAAUGAUGUGAUGAUGUGGUAUUUUAAUGACACUAGCAUUGCUGUAAUCACUGGAGAUCAGAGUGAGAUCUGUACAGAUGAUCUGUGUGAUGAGAGAUUCAGAGACAGACUGGAGCUGGAUCAUCAGACUGGAUCUCUGACCAUCAUGAACAUCAGAACCACAGACUCUGGAGUCUAUGUACUGAGGAUCAGCAGAAGCACAAUUAGCAUCAUCAGGAGCUUCAGUGUUACUGUUAUUGAUUCAGGUCUGUCUACAUUUGCUGUAGGAUUCAUUGGUGCUGUUGUUGGUGCUGGUGUUGUUCUGCUGGUGGUUACAGUUGUACAUGGUGUUUGCUAUUGCAAAAGGACCCAUGCACCAGUACAGCAGAAUGAGAAUGAUGAUGAUAACUCGUCAGCUGAUCCGAACAGCAUUGCUUUGAGGAGAAGGACACGUAAUUAAAUCAAACUCAGGCUGUUUAUCUAAAGUUACAUUUUUGCUUCUCAAGUAAAUGCAUCUUGAUUUAAGAAUGUCUGAGUAUUUGUUAUGGAAGACAAGACCAAAAAAGUAAGCAAGUAAAGAAAAAAUAUAUAUAAUAAUGCAGUAUAUGACCACAAUUUUACUGCUGACACACAGUCUUAUAUCGGAGACGUGCUGUUUACAGCCUGCACUAUUAAUAGGACAGUAUCAAUAGUGUUACUGGAAAUACUUUAUGUUGUUAGUUUAAACACUAAUGCUAACUCUUAGUCAUCCACCUUCAUCAGAAAUGAUACGAGUUGACCAACUUUGGAUAGCAUGGCUUUUUAUAUAUCCACCAGCUGGAACCAAAACCAGCCUUAAUAAGCCUGGAAACGAAUUGAUUUAUUUUGUUAGGUUGGUGAAACACUUUGCUGAGAGUAUGCUGCGUUAAAUGUUUUUACUCUGGCGUUAAAACUGAAAAUCAUUUGAUGUGGUGUUUAUCAGGAAGAAAGUUUCUGCAAAAUGAAUACACACAUACGUGAACACUUGAUAAAAUAAUGCUGUUAAAUUAUAGUGAGUCUUCAUACAAUUGGUAGAUAUAUUUGUAUCUUCAUUGUUGAAAUGAGCAAAAAUGAGUCAAUCUUAUUACCCGAAGUUGUGAACAGACAUCUGUGACAUUUUAUGAGGUUUGAUUUUAUUAAGAGGUGCUAAUUAGUUAUUUGAUUUUAUCAAGGUGCUGAAUUUUUUUAUUUUUUUUUUUAUUUAGAGGUGCUGAUUAGUUCUUUGAUUCUUCUCUUGCUCCCUUGUUCCUAUUUUUGGAUUUGUCUGGUGCUCAUUGUAAAUAUAUAAAUGGCCUCAAUAGAGAUGAAUGGUGAUUUUUAUUUAUUUAUUUAUUUUUUCUGUCAGGAAAAUAUUUUCAGGAGAGUAAUUUACGUGUCAAAGCUAAUAUGCUAAACUCUUCACUAAAGCCUGUACCACAGAUUUGACCAUAAAUCAGUAAGAAGUGGACAUUAAUGUUUUUUUAUUAUUAUUUUCUAAACACUAAUGGCGUUUUAGUUCACUGUUAUUAAAUAUUGUGUACAUUGCACUCUGGGCAGAAUAUUGUUAGACAUUUUCAUUUCUGUGUCCUUACCUUCAUGUCUGCAAACACAAAAAGUGCCUUAAAGUAAAACCAGUAAGGAUUUGUUUCUCUUAUGAAACAAGGGAAUGAACUUGAUCUUUGAAUGUUUUUUUUUUUUUGUGAUUUCACUUAUAAUGGCUGAAAGUGUGUGUUAUCAUAACCGUUGAAUAAGAUAAUGAAACACUACUUUUAUGGGCAUUUGGGGUAAUAGGGUAGUUCAUAAAA